AUGGAGCCUGAUUCCAGCAUGGGUGCCUACAAGGUCGGUGAUCCAGCGGUCUCUCCCGCAGGCCGGAUGUUCCUCGAGAGCGUGCACUCAGAGCUCUACAGCGACCUUGGCAUCCUUCUGGUGCUCAUCGGUGCCAUCCUCGCGCUUCACUUCCUCUACUACGAGGUGGCGAUGCUAAAGAACCCCACACGUCGCACUUUGGGGCUACAACUCUCCGUGGCCCUGGCGUCCUCGUCUUUCCUGGGACUGGGGCUCUUCUUCCUGUACGCCUGGGCUGGCUUGUAUUCAUGA